CCACUCUGAGAUCAUGACCUAUGAAGAAAUCAUGAGUCAACCAGUCAACUCAACCUACUGAGCCACCCAGACACCUCUCAUAUAUUUACUUCUUAUACACACACCAGGGAUGUGUGUUUAAGUUCGUAAUUCUUCUGCAUGUGAUAUACACAUAUAUGGAAUCAGAAUUGACUGUACAUCUCUAAUUUUGGUUCUAAAGUGAUAACUUAGGACAUGUCUAAAUUUUUCAGUUGUAUAGGAGAAUUUUAUCCACAGGAAUCAAGACCUUCCUUCUUUGAUCAGGGUAAACAAUCAUAACUAAACAAUGAAGUUGGUCCGAGAUCGGUGGGCUCAUCACAGCAUGGAGAUGAAUGAAAUCCUUAAUUAUAACUCUGAACCUGUAACACAUGGUACUUCUCCACGAAGGCAAAAGAGAAAGCCUACAUUAAUCACCAGCAAAUGUGGAGAAAACUCAUCUCCACUUUUCGUAACCUGUUCCAUUGCUAUAGCUAUGGGGAUCCAUUUCAUCAUAAUGGUAAUGAUAUGCGGUGCCAUAAUCAUCAGAUAUUCUGGAAGUUUGUACCUCUCAAUCCUCUUAAUUAUUAUUUUAUUAGCAUUAUUCAACCAGGAAGCUCCAAUUUCUUUGCAAGAAAGUUAUUGUGGUCCGUGUCCUAAAAACUGGAUAUGUUAUAGAAACAGCUGUUACCAAUUUUUUAAUGAGAGUAAAAGCUGGUAUCAGAGCCAAGCUUCUUGUAGGUCUCAAAAUUCCAGUCUUCUGAAGAUAUACAGCAGAGAGGACCAGGAUUUCUUUAAAUUGGUAAAAUCAUAUCAUUGGAUGGGACUAAUACAAAUUCCAACAAAUGGAUCCUGGCAGUGGGAAGAUGGCACCAUUCUCUUGCCCAAUCAACUAACAAUGGUUGAAAUGCAGAAUGGAACCUGUGCAGUUUAUGGAUCAAGUUUUAAAGGUUACACUGAAAACUGUCUAACUCCAAACACAUACAUCUGCAUGCAGAGGAUUGUGUAAAAGCUUAUGACUUAUAAAAUAUAAAGGAUUCAAAAAACAGAAGCCAUUUUUGGGGUGCCUGAGUGGCUCAGUUGGUUAAGCGUCUGCCUUCAGUUCAGGUUGUGAUCCCAGGUCUUGGAAUCAAGCCGAUGGGGCUUC